UUGUAUCCGAUCUGAAAAAGUUUGCAUGUGGUCUGUGGAGAAAUAUUGUGGUUUAAACAAGAAUUUGAUGUGGGUUUUAUUUCGACUAUUGUAGGUUUGGUUUCGAGCGUGACACGUUUUUCUACAGUCACACACUACCUGGAUUGCGUGACAAAUUGGUAAUAGUCAUUCGUGACGUCACGGAGACGUCACUAAAUAUUUGUUUCAAAGUUUCACUACUUGUCUACAAACUCACCUAAUUGGUAAUGUGCAUUCGUGACGUUGCCAUGACGUCAGUAAUUAUUGAUUAAAUUAGCCUAAUGACUUGUUUACGAACUCGCGUUAAUUAGUUAAUUGGCAAUUAUGUCUAUGACGUGUACCCCACGAAUUAAGUCAUUUGCCACUUGCCACCGAACUGUCCAGACGUACUUUUUUUAGCUCCGUCGAAAAAUUCACCAGAACAGUUCUAAAAUGGCCAAAGCUCGCCGAGGUGCCAGGAAAGCAGUGGUAGCCAAGAAGAAGAGGGCCGCACGCAGGAAGGGAGGAAAAAAGCCCGCCCUUACCAGACAGGCGGUGGUCAAAGCCAUCGCUGCGCUGAAAGACCGCAAGGGAUCAAGCGCCAAAGCGAUCUUGGCCUACCUUACAUCGCAGCCUGGAACGAAAAGUGUUACUGCUCUGCAAUUGAGGCUCGCCUUGGCACGCGGAGUGAAAUCGCAAGCCCUCGUCAAAAGUGGCACUUCGUUUAAACUCAAAGUAAAGAGAUCUCGAUCCCGCUCACGAUCACGCUCACGAUCACGCUCAAGGUCACGCUCCAAGACACGCUCCCGAUCUCGUUCCCGCUCAAAAUCAAAGAGUCCGGGCAGGAAAUCGGUGAAGAAAGUCACCAAGAAGGCCAAAGCAAAAGCGAGCAAAGCAAAAAAGGCCACCAAGAGACGUAAGGCCAGACGUGGCAAAUCUGCGGCCAAGAAGCGCGCUGUAAAGAAAUACUACAAAGGCACUCGUAAGGCAAAGAGAGCCGCGCCCAAGAAGGCACGCAGAGUCCGCAGGAGGCGUCGAUCGGCGCGCAAGUGAACUAUUGACUGUAUAAAGGACUGUGAUUUCGUUCUUUUUCCCUCUGUAGAUACAACAUUGUGACUUUAGAUCUCUAGAACGCUCUUCAAAGAGAACAAAGGACUUGACGCGCUGAAUGAGUUUUAGUAAGCGAAGCUAGCAGGAAUGUUUUUUUACUCGAAAGGAUUGUGACACAGGACGACUUUGAAUAAAACAAAUAAAGCCAAAGAUAUGUUGUCUGUUUUCUAUCAUCAGGGGCUAAUGGCAAUCGAAAGCAAAUAUAAAGUUCCGAGUUUUGGAGGUGAAGGAACUAGGUUUUUAAGACGCGAGAGCAACAAAUCGGUUAAUU